AUGGCUCAGGUCCCAAGUGACUCCAACGAUGACGGUGUCAGGCAGCCCCGCCAUGCGUCGGACGCACCGGGUUCCGCGGUUCUUCAGAUCAUGUCCGAUAUGCACCUGGAGACACCCAAGUUUCUCCCCAUGUAUAAUGACUUUCGGAUCGAAGUGAGGGCUAAACAUUUGGCACUGCUCGGUGACAUCGGGAUUGCUGGUGACGACAAUCUGCUCGAUUUUCUGACCCGGCAGCUGCGCCAAUUUGAGAUCGUGUUCUACGUGCUUGGAAACCACGAGCCGUACUCGAGCACAUACGAGGAUGCCGUAGCAAGAAUGGUUGCCUUCGAAGAAUCAAUCACCUUUGGAAGAGUGUUUGAAUCACAGGAGAACGGGACUCACGCUCGCCACGGCCGAUUCGUUUUCCUCAAUCGUAGACGAUUUAACCUUUCCCCUGAGGUGACAAUCCUGGGCUGCACACUCUUCUCUCACAUAUCCGACGAGCAGCGCAGCACCGUGUCCCUUUUCGUCUCCGACUUCUCCAACAUCGUCGACUGGUCCGUCGACAAACAUAAUGACGCACACCAGGCUGAUCUGGCCUGGCUCAACGCCCAGGUCGAGGCCAUCGCUAGGGACGAACCGCAUCGCAGCGUAGUCGUGCUCACCCACUACAGCCCGACAGUCGCGCCGGAAGCCAACGAUCCGGAGCAUAUAGAAGACUCGCGCGGAGUGCAGUCUGCGUUUGUGACAGACCUUAAGGAGGACCCGUGCUGGGUUUCGCCAUUGGUCAAGGUCUGGGCUUUUGGACACACGCACUAUAAUUGUGACUUUGUCGAUGAGAAGACGGGGAAGCUGGUUGUCGCGAACCAAAGAGGGUAUGGACGGGAAGGCAUUUUCAAUUUUGAUUGCGAGAAGACCAUGGACAUAUUCACGGCGUCCACAGGAAUAUGGAAAGCUCAUUACCACUUCGACAUUGAGGAUAUCAAAGCCAUUUGUGAAGGAAAGUCAAUGUGUUGCUUGCCGGACGAGCAGCUCGAGAAGCAAAUUCACGGCGUCGGUGAGCUCUGCGUGGGUGGUCCAUACUGA